CGCGGCGCUAGCGAGGAGCAACCAGUUGCGCCGAUCAGCAAUCAGCGACGGGUCAGUUCGUGGUUUGCGGUGUGUCCGAGCUUGUGGAUUACGUGAAACGCGUGGCAACCAGAGGCCACUUCUCUUCAGUUUCUUACUGCCCACAGGAGACGGAAAAAAUCGGACACAGGGAACCAAAUCAGGAUAUUUACUUGUGAACGUGGAUGCCAUCACCGACGGCUGCCAUGGACGACGUGAUGGCGAACCUGGAUCUGGAGACGAUCCCAGACGAGGUGAUGGAGUACGCCAGGGAGAAGAUCGGGGAGACUGAUGAAAACAAAACACUCAUGAUAUCAGAACUCAGGGAAAUGAUAUACGAAAGGGGCGAUGUUACAGCUCACAGAAUGGACGAUGCAUUUCUACUCAGAUUUUUACGGGCAAGAAAUUUCAAACUGGAAGCAGCAUACCGAUUAUUUGUAAAUUAUUUCAAUUUCCGAGAAAAAAAUUCAGACUUCUACGCUAAUGUGAAUCCUUUAAAUCUCUCAUUCAUUGGGGACGCCGAUGUGCUUUCAGUUCUACCUUACCGAGAGCAAACAGGCAGAAGAAUUAUGAUCUAUAGGAUGGGUAAAUGGAACACAAAGGAAUACGAUAUAGAUGAAAUUCUGAAGGCAUCAUUAGCUAUCUUAGAAUUAGGUGUUCUCGAGCCAAGAGCCCAGAUCUUGGGUGGCGUUGUUAUAUUCGACUUAGCAAAUCUAACUCUUCAACAGGCGUGGCAAAUCACACCCAAUGUUGCUAGUAAAGUUAUUGAAUUGAUGGUGACUAGUUUCCCGAUCAAAACGUUUGCGAUCCACAUCAUCAACGAGUCGUGGGUGUUCGACGUGGUGUUCUCGGUGUUCAAGCCUCUCCUGGGGCGAAGGUAUCAGGAGAUGGUAAGCGGCAAGUUAUUCUUCCACGGCACGGAUAUGAAGUCCUUACACAAACACAUCAAUCCUAAAUACCUGCCCGAGGUCUAUGGUGGCAUUCGACCAGAAUAUUCCUACAAAGACUGGUUCCGAAAUCUCAGUAGAGAUCCCGCAAUCGUUAAGGAAAUGAGUAGUCUAGGGUACACAGACCUUGAUACCAACGAAGAAAUAGAAAAAGACAUCAAAUUACGUGAAGAAGCAGUAACAGCGUAAAGUUGUGACUCCUUCAUAAAGCGCGUAGCUGCAACUUUUCCUCAGACUCGCCGCAACUUUAUCAUCUUCACGUUACGUUAUUUUUGUGAAUUCUAACUUAAUUUUGGAGGAAUCCGAAGUUCACGAAGUUACAAAUCCUAUUUUACGAUAAAAAAUUGUUCCUUGAUCGAUAUUUGGUUUACUCGAGAAGUCUAUAAAAUGGUCGUAUAGCUUUGCAUUUCCUAAAA